AUGCGGAUGCUCGCGGCAGCUAUCCUCGCCACCUGGGCUGUUUGUUUGUGGAACGUUGGAUUUGUGACGCCAAGCAUCGAAAAGAGCAGUUUGCGCGGCUCCAUCGUGGCACGUGGGGCCGGGCCAGAUAAAGGAGCUGGCGGAAAGAAAUCUGCAUCCGAAGGCUCCUGGCGCCGUGGGAUCGUUGGCGCCCUGGCAGUGACGGGUGCCGCGUUGUCGAAGCUUCGUCCGACCCGAGCCGGCCAGUAUCCGGUCCAAGGCAGCGAUGACAUCAUGGCUGCGAAGAGUCACGGCUCCACGGAUCGACCCGUGCAGGAGGGCCUUCGAUGGAACGUGGACUGGAACACCGCAGACAGGAUCUGCAGCUUCAACCGGCACUUCGCGGAAUACGCAGGCUACUGGCGCUCGACUGCUUUCCUCACUGAGGCCAAUCGCGAGGGCGAGACGUUCUACGACUCCGUGACGGGGAAGCCGCUCUUCGAAGCCCCGAAGGGAAGGACCUGGGAGCAGUUUGAGAAGGAGUCCAAGUCCCACGGUUGGCCUUCCUUCCGCGACGAGGAGGUCAAUUGGGAGAACGUUCGCUGCCUGCCCGGUGGCGAGUGCGUUUCAGUGGAUGGGACCCAUCUUGGCCACAACAUUCCAGACUCGAACGGCAACCGCUACUGCAUCAACUUGGUCUCCGUGGCCGGCAAGCCGAGGCUUAUUGGCUGA